AUGAACCUGGUAACGUCGUCUCCAAAGUCACGGCCGCCGCUGCUGCUGCUGCUUCAGUUUUUGCUGUUGCUGGCUGCAACGAGAGGAGCCACAGGUUGGCCGUGGCCGUCGUUGGGUGGCCCGUCCGCAGCCGUUGGCAGAGUGUUGAAUUUCUUCCCGGUGCCGGUGACCGAAGAGUGCCUGUCCGACGAUUCGCGGAGAACGGGACUGUGCUUGAACACGUAUGAGUGCAGAAUACAAAAAGGAGAGUCUCACGGUGCUUGCGCUCUGGGUUUUGGAGUGUGUUGCGUCUUCACGUCGUCCUGUAACGCAGAAGUAGCCAACAACGUCACGUACUUCGUUAACCCAAAUUUCCCAGGGCUGUUGGACGACGUGGGUGAAUGCUCGCUGCGUGUCAAGAAGAUAUCCAAAGACAUAAGCCAGAUACGAUUGGACUUUGUGAACUUCAAUCUAGCUCAGCCCAACAGGAAAACGGGAGUGUGCGAGACGGACACGUUCGUCGUCACCGGUGGAGCGUCCAACGACCUGAGAAUUUGCGGUCUCAACAGCGGCCAACACGUGUACUACGAUAUGGACGACGCGAAAGACUAUGUCACGAUCAACAUUCGGCUGACCAAAGGCAACUAUAACCGGAUGUGGGAGAUUAAAAUCACACAGAUCGAGUUCUCUCAGCGUGCGCCAGCCGGAUGUCUUCAGUAUUUCCACGAAGUCACGGGCACAGUGCAAACUAUGAACUUUGCGGUCAACGGCCGACAUCUGGCUGACCAAGACUACGUGAUUUGCAUACGACAAGAACAAGGUAUGUGUUCGAUCGCUUAUGAGCCGUGCGACGAAAACUCGUUUAAGAUCGGACCACCGAUAUUUUCCGACACAGGAAUCGAGGGUUCAGGAGAUGAAGGUGGUGACGUUCCAGGUGGGAGCCAGGUGGUGUCCAUGGACGUAUUCCGUGAGUGCAGCGACCGUGUCAUGAUGCCCUGCGAUUCCGAAGAAUUCAUAACGCCUCAAGGUGGCCCUGGAAUAUGUGAUCUUCUUCAUUGCGGGAACAAUUUCUGCACAGACAAGGAAACGCCGUGCCGGAUCGAGAGCAGCACCACGCCAUUCGUGAUGCGAGUGCAGUUUGGACCAGGCAACAGGGAAGAAAAUCCCGAAGACAACUUGGGAAUGUGCAUCAGAUACGAACAACUGCAGUGUUCAUCGUAA